AUGUGGAAAGCUGCAGUGAUUCUCUUCGGCCUGCUGGCGGCGCUGGUGAGCACCGCCCAGUCCACGGACGGGCACCCUAUCUACGGGGUGAAACUGUGCGGCCGUGAGUUCAUACGUGCGGUCAUAUUCACCUGCGGUGGCUCACGGUGGAGGAGAUCCGUUGGAAUGCCAGGCGACCUGACGGGCGACCCUUUCUCCGCUCAUGAUGACGAGGCCUCUGACAGCUGGGGCUCAAACCCAAUCCCUGGACUUUCCUACAACAAGCACCCAGAGACAGAGGCUCAGGACUGGGCAGGAGAGGGAACUCAAGAUGGGGGGUCUUUUAAUCGCCCCGCACGUUCUCUCAUAUCAGAAGAAGUCCUGGAAGCCCUUCGGACCUCUGACAGGAAGGGGCGGGACGUUGUAGUGGGGUUGUCCAAUGCCUGCUGCAAAUGGGGUUGCAGUAAGAGUGAAAUUAGCUCCCUGUGUUAA